UGCAUCGCGCCGAGCAGCGCUUCGAAAUUGGUUUGUCAUUUUUCUCAGAGAGCUCUGUUUUGUAAGCAAGCAAUUUCUGGAGUCCUUCACUGUGGGACUUUUAAAAACGCGAAAAAACCUCUGGAUAUAUUCCUGGGUUAACGAUUUCAUCCCCUCUCUGCUUAAAAGGACUCGAUUUUGUUGAAGAGGACGCGAUUCGCCUUUGAAGGUGGGGAGUGAUCUGGAUACAAAAUAAGGAGCCUCUUAUUUUACCGAUAUUUUCCCUUUCAUCAGCGGAUAUUAGGCAUUUGCUGCAAAUCCACAGAGCAUCUUUGUGGAAAAUACAAGAGGCGAUUGUUCACACUGAAUAUUUGGAGUCAAAGUUUACCUUUAUCGGCGACGACUAUAUAUCUAUGUAGGGUGUUUCGCGUGCAAGGACAUAUUCUAAGGAAAAAAGAGACAAUUAAAUAAGCAAUUCGACCCUUGGCGUUUUCAAUGGCAGGACUUGAAGGAGAUCAUUGCUGCAUGCUCGUCAGCAACUCGUGAGAUGUGGACUGUCCAGUCCAGAUGGUGUUGAAAUGUGAAGCCCUGGAUUUUUAAAUCACCUUGACAAGGCAAGGAACAUUUACAGGCCUGUGGAGUUAUCGCUCAGAGGUGUGGGCCAUCUGCCGUGUAGGAGGACGAGUAGCGGAACUUGCGCCUGUUCGGGCUCAACCGCCAUGGCUGGAGCUGGAGCCGGGUCCUCCGUGGCGGCCAUGUGGACGGCACGUCUGCUCUUCUUUGCCGUUCUCUUCACGCCAGUAGCUCUUGUGCUGAGCCGAGCCCCUAUCCCCAUGGCCGUGGUGCGGAGGGAGCUGUCAUGCGAGAGCUACCCCAUCGAGCUGCGCUGCCCGGGCACUGACGUCAUCAUGAUCGAGAGCGCCAACUAUGGCAGGACGGACGACAAGAUCUGUGACGCCGACCCGGCCCAGAUGGAGAACACGCGGUGCUACCUGCCGGACGCCUACAAGAUAAUGUCCCAGAGGUGUAACAAUCGGACACAGUGUGCUGUGGUGGCCGGUCCAGAUGUGUUCCCAGACCCCUGUCCCGGAACGUACAAGUACCUGGAGGUCCAAUAUGAAUGCGUUCCCUACAAAGUGGAACAGAAAGUUUUCCUCUGCCCGGGUCUCCUGCGAGGUGUGUACCAGAGCGAACACCUCUUUGAAUCGGACCAUCAGUCGGGGGCGUGGUGCAAGGACCCCCUGCAGUCGUCCGACAAGAUCUACUACAUGCCCUGGACACCGUACAGGACGGACACUCUCACAGAGUACUCCUCCAAGGAGGAUUUCAUCGCCGGGAGGCCCACCACCACGUACAAGCUGCCCCACCGCGUGGACGGCACGGGCUUCGUCGUGUACGACGGUGCGCUCUUCUUCAACAAGGAGCGCACACGCAACAUCGUCAAGUUCGACCUCCGCACACGCAUCAAGAGCGGGGAGGCCAUCAUCGCCAGCGCCAACUACCACGACACCUCGCCCUACCGCUGGGGCGGCAAGUCGGACAUCGACCUGGCAGUGGACGAGAACGGGCUGUGGGUGAUCUACGCCACCGAGCAGAACAACGGGAAGAUGGUGAUCAGCCAGCUCAACCCGUACACGCUGCGCAUCGAGGGCACCUGGGAGACGGCCUACGACAAGCGCUCCGCCUCCAACGCCUUCAUGAUCUGUGGCGUCCUGUAUGUAGUCAAGACUGUCUACGAGGACGACGACAAUGAGGCCACGGGGAACAAGAUCGACUACAUCUACAACACCGACCAGAGCAAGGACGGCUACCUCGACAUACCCUUCCCCAACUCCUACCAGUACAUCGCCGCCGUGGAUUACAAUCCCAGAGACAACCUGCUGUAUGUCUGGAACAACUACCAUGUGGUUAAGUACUCUCUGGAUUUCGGAACAAUGGAUAAUCGGCUCGAAUCAUCUUCAUCUGUGCUAAUACAUAUGGACACCACCACGACAAGGACAACAACUAGGCCAACUCCUUUCACCACUACCACUAGAGCGGCCAUGACCUCCACUCCCAGCCAGCGAGCCAGGACCACCACCACCCUGUCACCAGCAGAGGGCGAUAUUCCAGAGAUCACUACCCGACCGCCCCCCUCCUCCCAGCUGCCAAACAUAGCUGUAGAUUACUGCAGCCCGCUGGAGGAGUCUGACGUGUUCUGGCCCAAAACGCACCAGGGUCAGGUUGCUAGGCAGCCGUGUCCAGCAGGAACAAUAGGGAUCGCUACGUACAUGUGCAUGGCACAAGAGGCCUUCUGGGAUCCUCAAGGACCAGACCUCAGCAACUGCACCUCCCCCUGGGUCAAUCACAUCGCGCAAAGACUGAGGUCGGGGGAGACCGCCGCCAUCAUCGCGAGGGAGCUCUCGGAGCAGACCAAGGGUCACAUCCACGCGGGGGACAUCUCCUACACUGUGAAGGCCAUGGGACAGCUGGUGGACCUGCUGGACGUGCAGCUCCGGAACCUCACCCCCGGGGGCAAGGAUAGCGCGGCCCGCAGCCUGAACAAGCUGCAAAAAAGGGAGCGCUCUUGCCGGUUUUUUGUCCAGGCCAUGGUAGAGACAGUUAAUAACCUGCUCCAGCCCCAGGCCCAGGCUGCCUGGAGAGACCUCUCCACCAGCGAGCAGCUGAGGGCAGCCACCAUGCUCCUGGACACGGUAGAGGAAGGCGCCUUCGUGUUGGCUGACAACCUGCUCAAGACAGACAUCGUGCAGGAGAACACGGAAAAUAUACAGCUGGAAGUUGCACGUUUAAGUACAGACGGAAACCUGGCCGACCUAAGAUUCCCUCAGACCGACGGUCACGGAAACUCCAUCCGGUUGUCGGCAAGCACAUUGAGGCAGCACGGGAAAAACGGAGAGAUACGGAUUGCCUUCGUUUUGUACAAACACCUGGGAGCCUACCUGUCCACUGAGAAUGCCAGCAUGAAGCUGGGGAGUGAGGCUAUGUCCACCAACUACUCUGUCAUUGUCAACUCUCCUGUCAUUACCGCUGCUAUAAACAAGGAGAGCAGCAAAGUCUACUUAUCUGACCCUGUCAUCUUUACCGUCAAGCACCUGCAGCAGUCAGAAGAAAACUUCAACCCGAACUGCUCCUUCUGGAGUUACUCCAAACGGACGAUGACGGGAUACUGGUCCACCCAGGACUGCCGCUUGCUGGGCACCAACCGGACGCACACCACCUGCUCCUGCACACACCUCACCAACUUCGCUGUGCUAAUGGCCCAUGUGGAGGUGAAGAAUGCUGACCCUGUCCACGACCUGCUGCUGGACGUCAUCACCUGGGUGGGCAUCCUGCUGUCCCUGGUCUGCCUGCUCAUCUGCAUCUUCACCUUCUGCUUCUUCCGCGGCCUCCAGAGCGACCGCAACACCAUCCACAAGAACCUGUGCAUCAGCCUCUUCGUCGCCGAGUCGCUCUUCCUUGUCGGGAUAAACCGUGCCGAUCAGCCGAUCGCCUGCGCCGUCUUUGCCGCGCUCCUCCACUUCUUCUUCCUGGCUGCCUUCACCUGGAUGUUCCUGGAGGGGGUGCAGCUCUACAUCAUGCUGGUGGAGGUGUUCGAGAGCGAGCACUCCCGCCGGAGGUACUUCUACCUGGUGGGCUAUGGCGUUCCCGCGCUCAUCGUGGCUGUGUCGGCGGCCGUGGACUACCGGAGCUACGGGACGGACCGAGUAUGCUGGCUCCGGCUGGACACCUACUUCAUCUGGAGCUUCAUCGGUCCGGCCACCUUGAUAAUCAUGCUCAACGUGAUUUUCCUGGGGAUUGCACUUUACAAAAUGUUCCAUCACACGGCCAUUCUCAAACCCGACUCGGGCUGCCUGGACAACAUAAAAUCCUGGGUCAUAGGAGCGAUUGCACUGCUUUGCCUUCUGGGACUUACAUGGGCAUUUGGGCUGAUGUACAUCAAUGAGAGCACAGUCAUCAUGGCGUACCUUUUCACGAUAUUCAACUCGUUGCAAGGGAUGUUCAUUUUCAUAUUUCACUGUAUCCUGCAAAAGAAGGUGCGUAAGGAGUACGGCAAGUGUCUUCGUACACACUGCUGCAGCGGCAAAAGUGUGGAGACUUCCAUCACUUCAGGGAAAAGCACUGCAUCCCGCACACCUGGGCGCUAUUCCACAGGAUCACAGAGCCGGAUCCGCCGCAUGUGGAACGACACCGUCAGAAAGCAGUCCGAGUCCUCCUUCAUCACGGGUGACAUAAACAGCUCUGCGUCGCUGAACAGAGGGGCCAUGGCUAACCAUCUUAUAACUAAUGCUCUCCUUCGUCCUCAUGGCACUAACAAUCCUUAUAACACAUUGCUUGGGGAAUCGGCCGUCUAUAACAACCCCUCAGUGAGCAUGUACAACACACAAGCACCCUACAGAGAGACAAAGGGAAUUCUGAACAAUGCCAGGGAUACAAGUGUCAUGGAUACUCUACCACUGAAUGGUAACCAUGGCAACAGCUACAACAUGGCCAGCGGCGAGUACAUGAGCGACUGCGUGCAGAUCAUUGACCGCGGCUACAACCACAAGGAGACCACGCUGGAGAAGAAGAUCCUGAAGGAGCUCACCUCCAACUACAUCCCUUCCUACCUGAACAACCACGAGCGAUCCAGCGAGCAGAACCGGAACCUCAUGAACAAGCUGGCGAACAACGUCGGCGUCGGCGUCAGUGGCGGUGGCGGCGCCAAGGGCGACGAGCCUGCCGCCCUCGACAACCCCGUCCCUUUCACCCGCGAGGAGGCCCUGGGCCUGGAGCUGAUCCGGGAGGAGUCCAACGCCCCCUUGCUGCCACAGCGGAUGCAGUCCGCCGAGAACCACCAGCCACACCACUUCUCCAGGAGGAGGAUCCCCCAGGAGAACAGCGAGAGCUUUUUCCCCCUGCUCACCAACGAACAGACGGAGGAGUCUCAGUCGCCACACAGGGACUCUCUCUACACCAGCAUGCCCGUGCUCACUGGCUCGCCCGACGCGGAAACCAACGACGCCAAGGACGAGGGAGAGCUUCCGACAAGUAAAAGCGCCGACGUGGACGAUGUUUACUAUAAAAGUAUGCCAAACUUGGGCUCCAGGAACCACAUCCACGAGCUGCAUACUUACUACCAAAUGGGCAGGGGCAGCAGUGAUGGAUUUAUAGUUCCUCCCAACAAAGAAGAUUUGUCCCCUGAGGAACCCCUCCAAGAGCCUUCCCACCUGGUCACUAGCCUAUAGAGGGCAGUUCGCUCCCCAUGGUUUCUUGUUCUGAUCAACCGUUUGCAGUGGUGAACUUUUUUUUCUUUCUCUCUCUGUGUCGUUAAUGCCAUUCAAUUACUGAACAAAAGAGACAAGACAUAGACGUUCGAUGGCUUAAGACUCUGUGGUUUCUUUCACUCGAGAGGAGAACAGACGAACUGAUGUUAUUACUUACCUACUUAUUCCACUGGCUACACUAAGCCCGUUGUGUUUCCGGGAAGCAUAGGUUACACUUCCUGGUCCAUCUGGAGUCUCGCAAAGGAUGCACCUAAUGUCCUCAGUCUGUUGUCUUCUGGACCAUCCCCCUAGAGGCUCUCUUCAACGUUUGAAGAAGGAACUGCAUUCUAAGGAGCUCAUCUCUGCAAUGAUUUUUUUGUGGACAUCCCAAAGGAAUUACAAAAGGCCCAAAACUGUCUACCAUUAGUUGAGUGUGUAGAAUAAAGAAAAA